GGGCCGCGGGGCGGGAGGAGGGGGGCGCAGCCCCCACCUGGGACGACCCCCAUCCCCCUGCCAGGGCCCAUCCACUGUCAUCCCUGCCCUGGUGCUCGCCAUCUGGUGCCGCCCAGCUCGCAAAGUUAUGGAGGGGCCUCGGGGCCGGGAAGGCUGGACCCGCCAAGUGGUAUGUGUGCAACACAGAGCAGUUGUCUGAAUCCCUUCAGCCUAUUUUUGUCCAGAGUUACCUUGACCAAGGAACACAGAUCUUCUUAAACAACAGCAUUGAGAAGUCAGGCUGGCUCUUUAUCCAGCUCUAUCACUCUUUUGUGUCCUCAAUUUUUAGCCUCUUUAUGUCUAGGACCUCUAUCAAUGGGCUGCUGGGAAGAGGCUCAAUGUUUGUGUUUUCACCAGAACAGUUUCAGAGACUGCUCAAAAUAAACCCAGAAUGGAAAUCCCAAAGACUUCUCGACUUAGGAGCUGGAGAUGGAGAGGUCACUAAGGUCAUGAGUCCUCACUUUGAAGAAAUCUAUGCCACUGAGUUGUCUGAAACUAUGAUAUGGCAGCUUCAGAAAAAGAAAUACAGAGUGCUUGGCAUAAAUGAGUGGCAGAACACAGGUUUCCAGUAUGAUGUUAUUAGCUGCUUGAAUUUACUCGAUCGCUGUGAUCAGCCACUGACUGUUUUAAAAGAUAUUAGAAGUGUUCUGGAGCCAACUAGAGGCAGAGUCAUUCUAGCAUUAGUUCUGCCCUUUCAUCCAUAUGUGGAAAAUGUAGGUGGCAAGUGGGAAAAGCCUUCAGAAGUUUUGGAAAUCAAGGGGCACACUUGGGAAGAACAGGUCAAUAGCCUGCCGGAAGUUUUCAGGAAAGCUGGUUUUGCCAUUGAAGCUUUCACCAGACUGCCAUACUUAUGUGAAGGUGAUAUGUAUAAUGACUACUAUGUAUUAGAUGAUGCUGUCUUCGUCCUCAAGCCAGUUAGGAAUCAGAAUUGGACAGAAGCAAUAGUCAUGAUGAUACACAAACUGAUACAAGGUGUGGAUUGUUGUUAAAGCAAUCAAGUGAAAUCUGGCCAUAAGGCUGUCCAGUCAGUUCAAAAACAUUGUUGACUAUAAAGUGUCGGAAUGGAUAUUCUUCCAUGUUAAGAAGUUACUUGACCUCUGACUGUCGUUCUUCAUGUUUUUAAUCAUGCUAAUAAACUUUUUGAGAUGA